UUGUCCUGAAGGCGAGCCUUGCAUUUCUUUCACUUUUCAUCUCGUGAAAGGGAGUGGGAGAGCAUGUUAAUCAAGGGGGCGUGGCUUCUGCCGCGGGAACGGAAGAAGUGGAGUGCGCUGUUUUUGUCUUGGCAGGGCGCAUGAAGGAGAUUCGUCCGCAAAGGUGACUGCGCGCUUUCUGUGCGACUGCGGGCAGCAUGAACCGUGUCUGGAGGCUUUUGCGUUCCCUGAAGCUCGGGGUUAUUGGGCCAGAGAAGCUGCAGGUGGGCGUCGACCACUUCGGGAACAAAUAUUAUCGGAUCCCGAAACAUGAAACUUGGGCAGGACAUAUCAUUCAGGAAAGAAGAUUUGUGAAAGCAGAUAUAAAGGAACAUGAGUAUGAAGUGGGGAAUAUUCCAGCAGAAUGGGAAGCUUGGAUUAGAAAAAGGAGAAAGGAUCCACCUACCAUUGAGGAAAUUCUUAAGAAUGAGGAAUACCGAGUAGAAUUAAAAAGCAGGGUGGACGAGUGUUAUGAGAAGGACAGACUCCUACAGGCCAAAGAGUAUGAAGAGGGACUCGUGGCAGAACCAGCCCAAAUCAAGAUUAAAGGCCACGCGGCUGCUCAGCAUUACGGAAACCGUGAACCCUCAGAAGACCCAGUCAGCACGGCGAAUACUUUUCAACCUGGGUCCUGGAAACCCCCGCAGGAUCAUGAACGUAAAAAAUGAGGGGCAGUUGCAAAAUGUCAGGAAUUGUAUGAACCAUUUCAGCAACAACAAUCCACUCUACAAUGUAUCUAAAUAUGAAUUUAUGCAUGAAGAAAGUUAAGUAGCAUGUUUAGAACAGAUGCUCAGGUUUCAUACACUGCAGCUUAUUGGCUUACUGGAUAAUUUGAUUUUUAGUAAAAAAAAAAAAAG